AUGGUUCCUGAGUUGAUGCAAUGUAGGUCACCUCCAAGAGUUUAUGUAGUACACUUGAAAGAGCGCUUCGAAGCUCAGUUGGUGAAGAAGGUGGUGAACGACAUAAUCAAGACACUGGACAGGGUACCCUUAGAAGUUGCGAAAUACCCAGUGGGAUUGGAAACCGUGAAAAAGGCUGUCAUUCAGAAAUUGCAUCUCGAUUCAGCCCAAACAGUGAUUAAAGUUGGAAUAUGGGGAAUAGGUGGUAUUGGCAAGACCACCGUUGCAAAGGCCGUGUACAAUGAAGUCUAUGGUAGUUUCAAUGCUACUUCCUUUGUAUUUAAUGUCCGCUCCACUAGCCUUACAAAAUUGCAGGGACAAAUUCUCAAAGAUUUGAUCAACUAUGAGAAAGAACCACCAUGUGUUGAAGAGGGCAAAUUUUUAUUGAGACAUCGUUUGCGAGGAAUACGUAUUCUUGUCAUUUUGGAUGACGUGGAUGAUCGCGUGCAAUUAGAUGCCUUAGCUGGGCUUUGGCUGUCCCGUGGCAGCCGGUUAAUCAUAACUUCUAGAGAUAAACACAUUCUCAAUGCUGCUCAGAUCUCAUUGGAAUACAUUUUCCAGAUAAGCGGAUUGCAGAAAACUGAAGGUCUCCAGUUGUUUUGUUGGCAUGCCUUCCUCAAACCUUCCCCAAUUCCCAGCUACGAAGAUCUCUCCAAAAGAAUAGUGGAGGCUUGCAAGGGCCAUCCUCUCUCCCUGGAAGUUAUUGGGGCCUUCUUAUAUGGUAAGCAAAAUGACACAGAUAUUGAGUGCUGGAAAGAAACUCUUGACAACAUUGCAAUCAAUAGGGACAUUUUUAAAACACUCAAGAUCAGUUAUAGUGGUCUUAGUGCUGAGGAAAGAGAAAUAUUUUUGGAUGUCGCUUGCUUUUUCAUUGGGGAAGGCACAACUAAUCCCAUUCUUUUCUGGAAAUUCAUGUACAAGAAUGUGCACACAACUAUCACUAAUCUUUCAAUGAAGCUGCUUAUAAAAAUAGACGAGAAAGGUGUGUUUGAUAUGCAUGACCUCGUCCGGGAUAUGGGUAGAAUCAUUGCCGAAAAAGGUAAAACUCGGCAAUGGCAGAUGACCCAGUCGAGCAGCUUAGUCGACAUUGUUAGCAAUAUCAAUAAGUCUGGCCUUCAUCUCUAUAAAUGUUAUCCAGGAUGGCGUAAAAUGUUGUGCACACCUAGUCUUCGCUAUCUUCAUUUGGAGCAUGUGCAAAUAGAAGAUAACAUGGAAAGUUUUCAUGCAAAUUUGAGAUGGCUAAGGGUAGAUUCUUGCUCUAUUUCAAGUACGAAACAUAGCUCAAAUUUAUUCAAGGAGGCAAAUUUAGCACUAAAGAAGAAAUGCACAUCUGUUGUGCGAAGCAAAUCGCAAUUGAGGAUCUUGGACAUCACUGAUUGCAGUUCCUUAGAAAAGCUCCCUGACACUAUUGGUAAUUUGACAGAGUUGCAGUCCUUGAAAUUGUGUAGAUUUCAGAUGUUGACACGUAUCCCUAACACCAUCGCCAACCUCUCACAACUGCUAUACUUGAAUUUGACUUACUGUGAAAAUUUAAGUUACCUUCCUGAAACCAUUGGUAAUUUGUCACAGCUCCAGUACUUGAAUUUGACUUACUGUAAAAAUUUAAGUCACCUUCCUGACACCAUUGGUAAUUUGUUACAGCUGCACAUUGGCAAGCUAUCGCAGUUGAAGCAAUUAAGUCUGAGCUGGUGCGAAAGAUUGCAGAGCCUUCCUGAAAGCAUUAGCAACUUGUCAAAGCUGGAAAGGUUGGAUUUGCUGAGUUGUAGUUCUGCAUGGAAGUCAAUUCCUUUUGCCUUUUUGAUCCAGCCAAAACUAACCCUUUUAGGAUUACCUCUCCGGCUGGAAGAGCGUCGGAGAUUUUUAACGGAGAAUCAAGAUCAAAUAAUGCAGCGGAUAGCACGAGAUUCUAGUCAAGUUUUUGGAAAAUUCAUGGCGCGAUUUAGGGAAAUCGCAGACAAUGAAAGUCGUAAGUAA